UAUGUCACCACUGCUGUAUCUGUUCCACCAUCACCAGCCAUCUCCAGAAAAGCUACACACCUGUCUCCCCAAGGGUUUCACCAUCACCUGUCAUCUAUAAAAGACCUGCAUCACCAGUCUCCCCAAGGGUUUCACCAUCACCUGCCAUCUCCAAAAGAGCUGCAUCACCUGUCUCCCCAAAGGUUUCACCAUCACCUGCCAUCUCUAAAAGAGCUGCAUCACCUGUCUUCCCAAGGGUUUCACCAUCACCUGUCAUCUCUAAAAGACCUGCAUCACCAGUCUCCCCAAAGGUUUCACCAUCACCUGCCAUCUCUAAAAGAGCUGCAUCACCUGUCUCCCCAAGGGUUUCACCAUCACCUGCCAUCUCUAAAAGAGCUGCAUCACCUGUCUCCCCAAGGGUUUCACCAUCACCUGCCAUCUCUAAAAGAGCUGCAUCACCAGUCUCUGUAUCUGUGUCAUCAUCACCUACCACUGAAGCAAAAGCAGUACAGCACCGCCUCAUCAGCAUUGUUCAAGAGGCAUGGGCAGGAAGAAAUGCCUAUGUGUUGCUCUCCAGAAUUAUUUUUUGCAGACAUUAACAAAACCACUCCAAAUAAUGAGCUUGAAAGUGAGGUUAUUAAUGCAUACAUAUUUCUGCUUUUGAGGCGUUUCAAUGCACAACCGAAAGAGCUGGCAUUCCAAAUUGACUCAUUUGAAAUGAGGAAUUGGAAUGGAAAAAAAUCUAAAUUAAAGGUUCAUCCCACAAUGUACAAGUAUCUCAUUGGCAUUGUGAAUGACCACCACCACUGGACAGUUGUGGUUAUGCUGCCAUCUCAAAGGAGGGCUUUGUUCUCAGAUCCUCUGGGAGAAAGUUCAGCAAAACUGAAACAAUGCCAGGAUGUAACAAGGGCUUUUAUGCGACAAAAGGGAUGCAAUUUUUCAAGGUGGUCCUGCGAUACACUGCCUCACCCAAAACAGCAAGAUGGCACAUCAUGUGGCAUCUUGGCUUUGAAAUUUGCUGAAUUUGUACUUAGAGAGGAGCCAAUUGUUUUAAUUAACACAAAAGAAGGAGUGGAAGACUUGAGAAAAGAAAUAGCUGUCACUCUUCUCCAAAAUAGUGAUGACCUGAGCCAGCUGUGCCAUGUCUGUGGGGAGAAAAGUGGAAAUAAUAACUGGAUUGCCUGUGACUGCUGCAAUUGGUGGUACCACCAAUCAUGUAUCCAGGCGACAUCACAAGUGCACUUUUUGUGUCAUGCCUGUCAAAACUAGAAUUAAAGGAGUAACACUUUUUAUA